GGCGGCGGCACCAUGAGGGUUAACUUGGGCGCGCUCUCCCUCUUCGUGGCCCUGGUGGGACUUUCGAGCUUCAUCUUCCUCGUGGUGGCCAUCGCGACCGACUUCUGGUACAUCAUCGAUGCCUCCAAGCUGGAGGCGUCCCGGAACGGCACGGACGCGCUCAGCUCGCACUCGGGGCUCUGGCGGACCUGCCGCGUGAGGAGUGAAUGUUACCCUUUGAUAAACCCCUUCUGGCAUGAGAACUCGAACAUCACCGAUUCACACAGACAGCUUUUGUACAUGCAUGGAACAUUUGUCAUCCUGAUGCCCCUCAGCCUGAUACUGAUGAUUUUUGGAGGAAUGACUGGAUUCAUCAGUAUUCUUGCCAGGGCCUACCUUCUGCUCCUAAUGACAGGACUGCUUUUCCUUUUUGGAGCUCUUGUUACCCUUACAGGGAUCAGUGUCUACAUUGCAUAUUCAGCUGCUGCCUUCCAAGAAGCUGUUUGCCUCCUGAGGAGCAAGGAUCUCCUGCUGGAAAUCGAUAUCAGGUUUGGCUGGUCCCUGGCACUAGUCUGGAUCUCCUUUGUGGCAGAGGUGCUCACUGGGGCUGUGUUCCUCCUGGCAGCGAGAGUCGUGGGGCUGAAGCGGCAGCGUGAACAGGCUUUAUGAGCAACAGGAGCCUUCAUAACAACAGAACCCUGCAAAGCCUGAUCAUUCGGAUUGCUUGGUCCAUCUGGCCACUAGGGGUAAUAAGAGUGGCAAGACUGAGUAUUUUGUCAGCUGUUGUAAGCCUUUUUCCUCACAGGUGGCUACAAAACACCAAGAAUCUGGUAAAUCGGUGAAACAUACCAGGCGUUGUCAAUUAGUUGUGUCCUUAGAAGAAAGUGCAUUGCAGUGCUUGUAUUUCCAGAAUGAUUUCAGCUGGCAGCUCAUCAGAUAUCUCCAUUCAUUGCUUAGAGCAAGGCAGAUUUCUUGCUUUCUUUUCUCUUUUCUGCUGUCUCGGCGAAGUGCUUCAGUGUACCUUGCAGGCCAGAAUUUGGCUUCUCCUGAGAGUUCUAAGAAGGACAUGGACCUGUUGCAGUGGGUCCAGAGGAGGCCAUGAAGAUUCUCA